CCGCUCUCUGAUUGGCGGAGCGCGGGGUGUACGUAGCAACGGUCCGGAAGAUGUCGCUCAGGCCAGACCUAAAAAACUUCCGCCUUAAGUUGUAAAGAAAACAUAGCAGCUAAAAGGCUAUCGGACGACGUCGCGACCCCCCGAUUCAAGACGCCCGACCACAGGUUGCUGUCACUCUGUGGACAUUUUGUGGGGGGGUUUUUAAAAGCGUGUAAAUGUGUGUGUGAUUGUACAUAUGAAUGUGUGUGUGCAUGAGUGAGUGAGUGUGCUGCAAUCACCCCCCCACCCCAACCCCCCCCACACACCUUUUGACCGAGAGCUGCUCCUCCCUGGAGGAUGACAAUGGAGGAGAUGAAGAAUGAAGCUGAAACAAACUCCAUGGUAUCCAUGACGCUCUACACCGUGAUGUACCCAGUUUUUAACGAGCUGGAGAGGAUCAACCUAUCAGCAGCUCAGACGCUCAGAGCAGCCUUCAUCAAGGCGGAAAGGGAGAACCCUGGCCUGACUCAGGACAUCAUCAUGAAGAUCUUGGAGAAGAAAAAUGUCCAAAUCAACUUCACAGAAUCGCUGCUGCGCAUGGCCGCAGAAGAUGUGGAAGAGUUCAUGAUCGAACGGCCCGAGCAAGAAUUCCAGGACCUGAACGACAAGGCCAGGGCGCUGAAACACAUCCUCAGCAAAAUCCCAGACGAGAUCAACGACAGAGUACGCUUCCUACAGACUAUCAAAGACAUAGCCAGCGCCAUAAAAGAGCUCCUGGACACAGUCAACAAUGUCAUCAAGAAAUAUCAGUACCAGAAUCGCAGAGCCCUGGAGCAUCAGAAAAAGGAGUUUGUGAAAUACUCCAAAAGCUUCAGCGACACCCUCAAAACGUACUUCAAAGAUGGAAAGGCGAUAAAUGUCUUCAACAGCGCUAACAGGCUCAUCCACCAAACCAACCUCAUACUGCAGACCUUCAAAACUGUGGCCUAGCCCGCAGAGGACCACGCAGACCCCCCCCGCUCUCCCCAUGCCCCUUCAUGCUGUGGCGUAGCAAGGGGCGGGUUCAGGGAGGGACAUGUGGCUACUGUGGUGGAAGCUUGAUGAGCGCCUGACCCAUAUUUGUAAAUUAGGAAGAGUUGAUUUUAGGGGUUGGGGGUCACCUUUUCCAGUUGAAGGGACUGAAAAGUGCCAUUUGUGUAAGUCUUUCCAGUCUCGGCUGAAAUAGGCCCAAAAGUCUGCUAGGUUGAUUUUAUUUGGACAGUUUUAAUUUAUGACCCUGAUCUUUUUUGGGGGAUAGGUGAGGCGAGGUGUUUAUUAAAGACUAAUUGCCAUUUUUCUAAUAUAUUCAUGUUGAUCAUUUUCCUUAAAAAAACCUGCAAUCAUAGCCACACAUGAAAGACGGCCUCCGGCUGGUCUUGGCUGGCUUCCUCCGCUUUUACCUCUUUGCGGCGCGCGCUCAGAGACUCGACAAGUCGCUCUCGUCCGUACGUUUUGUUUUUUGUUUUCUUUAUUAAAGAGCGGGGCAGGCGGCGGCGGCGUCGGGACAUUUUUAGACGCAAAAUUUCAUUUCUCUGGACUAUCUGACGACACAACGCCAAAUGACUUCCAGCACGACGUGUGCGCCUUAUUUUACUUUUUAUGCCCUGCAACAUUCCCUGCUCCUCCCCGAGUGUAAGCACGCCGAGCUGGUCCUUGCUGUCAGGGCGACGUCGAGAGAGACAAAUUCUGUAUUUAACUGAAACCUGGUUGCAAAUGUUCAAUAAAUAGUUUCCAAAUGAUCA